AUGAUUGCUGUAACAGAGUAUGCUUUUAAGGCAAUAUCCAAUUCUGGAAUAACGACUGUAGGCGUUCGUGGUCAAGAUAGUGUGGUCAUCGAUAAAUUACUGGAUCCAUCUACUGUUACUCAUACUUUUCACUUAACGCCAUAUGUUGGUUGUGUUAUGACAGGCUUGAUCGCUGAUGCUCGUGCACAAGUUACUCGUGCAAGGCAGGAGGCUGCGGAUUUUCGUUACAAAUUUGGUUAUGAGAUUCCUACAGAUAUGCUUGCGAAGCGAGUAGCUAAUAUCAACCAAGUGUACACACAACACGCUGCCAUGAGACCUCUGGGUGUUUCAAUGAUCCUUAUUGGAUAUGAUGAAGAGCGAGGUCCGCAACUUUUUAAGUGUGAUCCUGCUGGUUAUUACGUUGGAUACAAAGCAACGGCCGCAGGUGCCAAACAACAGGAAGCUUUGAAUCAUUUGGAAAAGAAACUCAAAAAGGAUCCUUCUUUAAAUUUUGAAGAUACUGUGGAGCUGGCUAUCAAUACACUGUCAUCCGUUUUGGCGGCUGAUUUUAAAGCAACUGAAAUUGAAGUUGCUAUUGUCACUCGAGAGGAUCCCAAAUUCCGAACAUUAUCAGUUGCUGAGAUUGAAGCACAUCUUCAACAAUCCUACAAUCCAUCUCGACCAUUUAUAGUUUUUGGCCUUUUUGAAUAUGAACAUAAGACCUCUGUUUUGAAUUUUUUCAUUAUAAGAAAUAGCGAAUACGAAGAACCAAUUAAAUCAAAG